AUGGCGCCCACAGCCGUGGCAGAGCCAAGCAACCUCUAUUGCGAGGCUGGUCCAUCUCGGCUUGCCACGGUGACCUCUAGACCACUUCGCAUCCAACAUGCAUGCCAUUUGGAGCAGCCGGACGCCGCAUCGUGGUUUGGCAGCCAGGACUCGAUCCAACCAAGUGGACAGAGCGACCAACACAGCAUUCCCGUCGACGAAUCACUCGCAGAUCGCUAUGUAGAGACGCUUUGGCUUGGAGAGCACCACAGCGGCCUUGCGCAUUUCCUCAACUGCAUCGACCGCUUGCGGUCAUCGCAUGACGUCGAAGAUGUCCUUCUUGGCCUCUGCCAUCUGAUCAGGUCCAACAGCGCCAUCUCACGUCGACAUCAAGUCAUGGCCACCAAGCUGCUGCCUGCGGCCAACCCUGGCGCUCAAUGCAGCUCAGAAGACACGCUCGAUGCGUCCGAGUACGAGAUGCUGCUAGCUCAGCGGGCGGUGGAGGCAGCAGGUUCGAAUAUCACCUCGACGGAAGCAGACUCAAUGCACAAACGCUGGAUCUCGUCCAUGGAGAGUCGAGAGACUCAACUUCAAAUCCUCAUCACCAUGUGCUUGUUGCACAUUGUAUCUCAAGAUCCGCGAGCUUUGGAAACUGCACGUUCUCGCUUGCCUGGGACUUCGUCCGAAGAAACCAUCAAUCCUCUGUCAGGCGUGAAUACAGGCACAUCGAUGGAGACGGAGAGCGAGCAACCGCGCAAGAGGUCGCGAAAACUCGAAAAGGCCAAACGAUGGCGAGGCACACGACCGCAAUUCGACUCUAGCGACGCGUUUGCAUGGAAUCAACAAGUACGGAGACGGAUGGCCACUGACUCGUCGCACGACGAUGGCGAGAACGGAGAAGUCGAGGUGCUCGAGGUGCAAGGCGGAGAGGUGCUCACGGUGGACCACCUCAGCAAGAGGCUCGAGGCAUUGGUGGACAUCCUUUGUCUGAGACAGGUCGCAGCGGGUGUUGGCUCAGAAAUUGCCGAUCUGUUGUCGGAUCUAGACACAGAGAUAAACGACAACAAGACUAUGGAUCGAGGGGGCAAAAAAACGAGCGGCGCUCUCCUGGGAUCGUCAGUGCGCAAGUUGCUCGAGGAUGACGAUAUGGACGAUGCACAAUGGCUUUGCUCGAGCGUGGUGGAGCCGCAUUUCGAAGCGAGCCUGCCUCGACAAUGUUCGCUGUUCAGGAGCAAAUGCUUCGUGUCACUCCAGUCUCGAACACCAGCAAGACCAACCAAGAGUGCGCGCACAGGCUCGUCGGGGUCACCGCCCAUGCGCGUGCUCAAGAGGAGCUCAAGUGUGGCGCCGCUCGGUGGUGCAUCGGCGUCACUGGCAGCGACCGGGGGCCUUUCGGAUGUGUUGGAGAAGGAACAAGCAGGUCGACGGGUGAAACGAAACAUUAUGGCGGAACGAUCGAGCAUGCUUGGGCGUGGGCGAGAGGUGGACAUGGGUCGACGAUUGUCUCGGAGCGUCAGCGCGACGUCUGGAGCGGUGCAGGAGAUGCGAGCACCGACGGGCGUGUUCUCACGGAGCAACACGAACGCGGCGUACUCUCAACCUGCCGGUCUGGGAGUCGCAAAGCCUUUGCAUGCGCGGAGUAGCGUCGAGAAUGGCUCUGCAAACGGUCGAUCAGCGUCGCAGAGGGUGGAGAAAGUGGUCAAGUUGCGCUCGCCGAUGCUUCCAUCGAUGCCGUCAUUUGCAGCUUCUCCACCGUCGUCCGCGCCCAACUCGAAGCGAUUGCUGGUGAUGUCGACGCCGCAAAAGGAGCCUGUCAUCAAGACGCUCAGCCUAAGUCAGUCGGCGCGAUUUGACAAGCCCAAGCUUGUAUACCCCAACAGCUUGGUGAUGGAAUCGCCGACGCAGGAAGGAUCAAAGCUGCUGGGACACCGAACAGGCAUCGCGGAACGCUGCGUCUCCUUCGCAGGACGAAGCAGCUUUGCGCUGAACCGAUCGCCUUCUCCCGUGGCCAUAUACUCUGACGCAGACGAUUAG